GAGACUUCUAAGAACCGUACGGCUACUGUAUCGCGAGACUUCACUGACUUCACUAGUAAUGGUCUAGGAUCUCGUGAGAGGUCACUUCAAGAUGGCGGCGCCCAGCUGUAGGCUGUUCGUGCAGCGCAUUAAGGCCGGGUUACCGAGUUUGAUCCAGGUUAGAUGGAGCAGGUACAACCCUCAGUACUUGGACCCGAUCACGGAUAAGGAGAAGUAUAAACUUCCUAUAGAGGAGCUCAGUAAAGAAGAUCGGGAGGAAUGGGAGCUGAAGGUUGUGAGGCCAAUUAAGGCAUGCCCACCUGGACUUACCAGCUCUGUCUUUACUGACCCAGCCAUAAGCAAAUUCACAAAUAUGAUGAUGAAAGGCGGUGAUAAGAUUCUGUCACGACAUAUCAUGAACAAGACAUUAGAAAAAAUAAAGAGAAUACAAUUAGAGAAAUAUUACAAGGCCAGACCUGCUGAGCAGGAGAACAUAGAGUGCAACCCCUAUGUCAUAUUUCAUGAGGCAGUGAACCGAUGCACACCAGUUAUUGGCCUCACAAGUAUCCUGAAGGGAGGGAAAUCCUAUCAGGUCCCUGUUCCUUUAACAGACAGAAAACGUCGCUUUAUGGCAAUGAAGUGGAUUAUCACUGAAGGCCGAGAGAAGAAAGCACGUCGCACCUUAAUGUAUGACAGGCUUGCAGAUAUACUGCUGGAGGCUUUUCGUGGUGAAGGGAAUAUUAUAAAAAGGAAACAUGAUCUCCAUAAAAUGGCUGAGGCUAAUCGAGCCUUUGCUCACUUCCGAUGGUGGUAGAUGUGGCACAUGUAAUGUUUUCACAGCAAAGCUCAGAUCACACAUGGACUGAGAAAAGCUUGAUGUACAGAGGUUGGAAUAAGUAUUGAUCACGCCACCAUUUUUCUUGCUAAAUAUAUUUCCAAAGUUGCAUGACAUUUUCACCAGAUGUUGGUAACAACCCAAGUAAUCAAUAUACAAAGAAACCAAAACAAAUAAGCUGGUCAUUGGCUCUUGGACAACACUUCUGAUUAUUUUGACUCCUCUGUCAGAAAUCUUGCGAAGAGCACCUGGUCGAGGCAAACUUAUGGUCAAAUGAUUCUUUUCACUUCCGUUUUAUGGCCCCAACAGUGCUCACUAGAACAUUCAGAAGCUUAGAAAUUUGCCUGUAACCAAUGACAUUAUGUUUUGCAACUAUUAAGUUGCGAAGAUCUUGAGACAGCUCUUUGCUUUUACCCAUCAUGAAAUGUCUUGUGUGACACCUUGGCAAUGAGACCUUUUUGCAGUCCAUCAGAUGGGAUUGAACCAGCUGAUAUUAAUUUACACUGACAAGGGGCUGGAUUGCUUUUUAAUUUCUGAUAGAUUUCAGCUGUUGUCCUGGCUUUCCAUGUUUUUAUUUUUUUUUAUUUUUUUUGCACCUUCCUUUCGUCAUGUGUUCAGUGCUUUUCCCAGUGUCAUUUCACAUUACAUGCUUAUUUGUUAAGGUUUCAUUGUAUGUAUAGAUUACUUAGGUUGUUGCAACAUCUUGUAAAAAUUUGAUGUAAAUCGCCCCUUUGGAAAUAUAUUUAGUGAAAAAAAUGGUGGUGCGUUUUAAACCUUUUUUCACCCGCUGUAUGUAAAUUCUCCAACAAUGUGUAAAUAUGUUUUCAUUAAUAAACAGGAGUAGUUGUAUUUAUAAGUUGGUGUUGAACGGUAUAUGUUGGACUUUCUUUCAAAGACUAUCAAUUAUUGUUUUACUCUAUUUGACUAGCAUUUAGGCUGCCUUAGAUAUUAUCUCAACCUCCUCAGUAGAGAAUUUCAGGGUCACAGUGGUAACCCAUUUUAUCUAUGUGUUACAUGGAAAGCUUGUUGUUUAAUUUAAUGCAGGUAAACUUCCUGUCUAGUGACUGCUGCAGGGAAAAUGAGCAGCCAGCAACGGCUUCCUUCUGUGCAAAAACAACUAGUCUAGGCCACUAAGCCAAACCCACAGCUCCUGUAACAUGCAUGGGCUAUUUUGGGCCUGGCUUGUCACUUUGUAACAUCUGUUAGCAUCACCUUCCCUUCCUGAUUAUGGCCUGCCCAGCAACUGGCCUGUAAGCAAUAUUCAUGAGUGUGAUUGUGCUAAGCCAGGAUUGGCCAAAAGGUCCCACUUCUCUCUGAAGUAGCAGAGAGAACUUCAGUGUGUGAUUGUCUCUGAUUGUCUGAGGCCUUACACACCUCCCUUAUCUUUAUUUACUACUUCCCUAACCAUGUAAUCUGCUCCCCAAAGCUUUCUAAAGGUAACUCUGAGCAGUAGCUAAGGAAGUGUAAAUGCACAGCUCUCAGCUUGGUAUCUAAUCAUAAUGGGGGAGAUUUAUCAAAACCUGUGCAGAGGAAAAGUUGCCCAUAGCAACCAAUCAGCUGGCUUCCUUAAUUUUUAACAAGGCCUCUGCAAAAUGAAAGAAGCAAUCUGGUUGCUAUGGGCAACUGGGUAACUUUUUCUUAGCACAGUUUUUGAUAAUUCUCUCCCAAUAUGUGUGAUACUGCCUGCUGCCUAUUAUGUCUGAUACUGCAAGCUCUCAGCUGUGUAUCCAAGUAUAUUAUGUGUGAUACUGCCUACGGCCUAUCAUGCGUAUUACUGCCCAGAUCAUUUUAUCUAAGCCCAUUCUGUAAUAGUGUCCAGAGCCAUGUAUAUAUGCCUAUUCAGAUACUACCCAGAGCUGUGUAUCCAAGCUGAUUCAGUUUGAUUCUGCCCACAUUUUUUUUUAUCUAAGCUGAUUGUGUGAUUCUGCCCAGAACAGUUUAUCUAAGCCCAUUUAGUGUGAUAUUGCUCAGUGCUGUUUAUGUAAGCCAAUCCAGUAUGAUACUACCCAGAGGCAUUUAUCUGUGUAUAUACACGGCUCUGAGUUGUAUCAUACUAAACAUUUUAACUUGAGGGACCACUGUAUUUAUAAAAACAUUAUUUGCUUCAAGGAUGACCAUUCAAUGUUGAGACCAUAACUCUAUAGAAACUCUGGUAAUUCUUUUUGAAGCCAUGUCAUCCAAAAAUAGGAAAACAUAAGGAAUAAAUAAUAAGAUAACUAAUACAUUUAAGCAAGUUCUUACAUACAAAAUAGGAAAGAACUGCUGAAAGCUGUAAAUCACUGUAUGUAGAGAACAGGAGCUUCUUUAGGGUCCUGUACAGUACACGCAAUGGGGGACAUUUACAAACAGUGAAUUCUUAAUUAUUUUAGAGCACAAAAGUUGCGGUAAUUGUUGCGGACGUGUACCAAAGUUAUCAAAAGGCGCACAGACAUAUAUAUUUCUCUGAUGCAACUUUUUUUUUUAAAUCGCAAAUUUUGUGCGGACGUGCGACUUUUGUGUGAAAAAUCACAUAUACUCUGACUCAAAAAUUGCACUGAAAAUGUAGGGCUGGGCUAAAUUGAGCUGAGAAACUAUCUAUUUAAACAGUCUAUUUCUGGGAUUGUGCGACAAUUUUGUGACAUUCGCACUUAGUAAAUCAGUGACCACUGCACGAAGUGCUCUAAAUGGGUAAAAAUCAUGGAAACAUUUCUAAAGCAAUUGUCGCACAAAAAGCCGCACAGACCCAUUGUGCGACAAACAUAAAAAAGGCGUUUAAAAAGCUUUCUAAAGGUCUUGAUAAAUCUGACCCCCCCCCCCCCCCCCAAUAUUCCCCAAAAAAUUGAGCUGCCAUCAAAGGAGCAACAAACCUUGGCACAGAUGAAUAAUAUCAGUGCAUGUACUUUGGUAUUACAAGUGUUAUAAUAGUGAAAUGCCUGUUGGUCUGUUCCUCCAGCUAUUAAAGCGUUUCACGGAAUUGAACUGUCCAUAGCAUUGUAUGAUGAGUAUGGAUUCAAGUUUUAAUGGUCCAGAAAGGACCACUGUAUGUUGAAAAUCUUGUAACCUAAGGCUAUUGUAAGUUGAGGGACCACUGCAUUUUGAUAUAUCAUUAUAGAUUAUUGGGAUACAUUAAUAUUACUUCAUAUGAAUAUUUCUUCAUAUUGGUUUGUAUGAACAGUGGGUGGAUAUCUCCUUAAAUUUUUCACUCGAGAACCUCUUAAGGACCCAGCCCAUUUUCACCUUAAGGACCCAUUGCACAUCUGACCACUGUCACUUUAAGCAUUAAUAACUCUGGGAUGCUUUUACUUUUUUAUUCUGAUUCUGAGAGUUUUUUUUCAUGACACAUUUUACUUUUAGGGGUAAAUGUUUGUCGAUACUUGCAUCAUUUCUUGGUGAAAAAUGUAAUGAUAAAAUAGAAAAUUUUUAUUUAUUUUUUUUACUUUGAAGCUCUCUGCUUAUAAGGAAAAUAGACAUACCAAAUAAAUUAUAUAUUGAUUCACAUAUACAAUAUGUCUACAGCAGCAAUUUUCCAAUUUUUCACAUCAUU